AUGGAGACAGACCAGCCUAAGACAGUUGAUGAAAACACUAAAAAUGAGCCUCAGGAGAAGAAGGGGCUGAUGGAGAAAAGUGUACCCUCAAAACCAUCGCCGACAUCAAAGAAGGCAGAGGUCACAAAAACCCAAAAUAAGCGUCCUGUCAGUGAUCCAGAAGCAGUAAAGAUUCAGGCCUGGUGGCGGGGCACCCUGGUGCGCAGGACGCUACUGCACAUGGCGCUCAGAGUGUGGAUCAUUCAGAGCUGGUGGAGGGUCAAGCUGAUGCGGCUGCAGGAGAACAGGCGGCGGGCAGCUCUGGAGAACUUUACACGGAAGGAGUGGGCAGCAGUCAGGCUGCAGUCCUGGGUCCGCAUGUGGCGCAUCCGUCGGCGGUACUGCCGUCUGCUCAGUGCCGCCCGCAUCAUCCAGGUCUAUUGGCGCUGGCACAGUUGUCAUACCCGUGGUUUCAUUCAGGGCCAUUACGACCUCAAAGAAAACCAACUGAAUCUUCAACUUGAAAUCUCUUUGGGUUCACAAGCUUGUAGAGUACAGCAAUGCAUACCACUUCCAAUAAAGGAAUGA